AUCUUUACACCGUCGUGAGAGAGAGAGAGAGAGAGAGAGAGAAUCUAUAAAGCUGAAAAAGAAAAGGUAAAAAAUAAGCGCAAAAAAUUCUACAAAUCAAAAACUAUUAAUAGGGCUGUUGCUUUACGAUUCCGUCUGGGGAGAUUUUGAGAGUUAUUCCUUUUCGAACAUCCUUCCGCCUUCUAUUUAGAGUAUCUCUCCUGUUUCUCUCUCUAGGGUUUGCCCUUGAUCUCAUCGUCGCUGCCAAACUCUUUACUCUGCAAUUGGUAGUUUAUCUUUCCCUCUUGAGUUGCUCUCAAGUUUUGUGCAUUUCCACCAGCUUCAAUAUUAAGUUGUCGUUUUCGGUCAGAUUAGAGGGUUAAUGUAUGAAUGAAUUGUUUUUUUUUUUUUUUUGGUUUCUUCUUGGAAGGAAGUUUAGAAGAAUCACAACUAUACCGCUUUUCUGAAGGAGUGGUUGGGCUUCAACUCACUUUAUACUGAAUGCAAGACAGUAGUAAUUUGUUUUUGGAUUUUUGGUAAUGUUAGGAUGGGAGCAUGGUGGAAUUUUUUUAUGUAGAUAUUAGGAAUGAUUUUGCUCAGAAGAGUUUGUCAAUACGAUGUUGGUUUGUUCCUAGUCUGCAUUUAGGAUCCAAAAUUCUUAAGUGUUUAAAGAAGAAUGGAUGAGGACCGAGCACCUGCUUUCGUGUUUCCAAGUUGGAUCGGACAGAAUCAAUCUGAGAUGGCGGAAUCUCGUCUCUUCAUCAUUUCUUGCUUUAUUGCUGGCCUAAUCGGGAUCCUGACUAUAGCCUACACUGCCUUCCAAUGGAGAAGAAACAUAAACUUGAGUUGGAUGAAAGCUAUAGCUAGGUCAAAGAAAAACCCAAAGGCAAGGAAUAAGGUUCCCGUUUCUCCUCAUACAUGGGUGUUGGAAUCUAUAUCUCGAGGAAAAAGUUUGAACUGCUGUGUGUGCUUAAAAUCAGUCUCUCCUUCUCAAGCUCUUGGUCCAAUGGUGGCCUCUGAUACUUUUAUAUACUGCUGUAGCAUAUGUGGUGCGGCUGCUCACUUAGACUGUUCCCCAACUGCUCACAAGGAUUGCAAGUGUGUGUCUAUGGUUGGAUAUGAAACUAUGGUACACCAAUGGGCAGUCCGGUGGACUGAGGUCACAGAUCAACCAGAUGAAACUUCCUUCUGUAGCUAUUGUGAAGAACCAUGCAGUGGGUCUUUCCUUGGGGGAUCCCCUAUUUGGUGUUGCUUGUGGUGUCAACGGCUGGUUCACGUUGACUGUCACAAUAGCAUGUCCACUGAAACGGGUGAUGUUUGUGAUUUGGGCCCGUUUAGAAGGCUGAUUUUAUCUCCCCUAUUAGUUAAGGAGCUGAACCACUCUUCUUCGGGUGGAUUUUUGAGUUCCAUCACCCAUGGAGCUAAUGAGAUUGCGUCUUCUAUGCGUGCUACUAUUAGGAGUCAAAGCAAGAAGCACAAGCAGGGAAAUGACACCUCUGCAGACACCAGUGAUGGCAGUGCUAUUGGGGACCCAUCCACAGAUAGUACUGCUGAAACUCCUCAAAAAAUGAACGGAUCUCAUAGGAUGGAUGAAAGUAUUAAUGGAAACCUGAAUGUUGGUGCGGCAGAUCAGCACCAAGAUGGUGAUGCCGUUAAAAAAAUGGAUUCUCAGCCUAGUUUUAAGAGAAGUUCAUCAAAUCAAAAUGACGAGUCUCAUAAUUCAGGGUUGAAACAGAGAUAUGAGAUAAUUGAUUUGGCGCCGGAUGCAAGACCCUUGUUAGUUUUCAUUAACAAGAAGAGUGGGGCUCAGCGAGGAGAUUCACUCAGGCAGCGGUUGAACAUGCUCUUGAAUCCUGUUCAGGUUUUCGAGUUGAGUUCAGCACAAGGACCGGAGACGGGUCUCUACUUAUUUAGGCGGGUGCCCCACUUCAGAGUUCUUGUAUGUGGAGGAGAUGGUACCGUUGGCUGGGUGUUGACUGCUAUAGACAAACAAAAUUUUGUUUCACCUCCCCCUGUUGCGAUCCUUCCUGCAGGAACAGGGAAUGACUUGGCCCGGGUUUUGUCUUGGGGAGGUGGUUUGGGUUCAGUGGAGAGACAAGGGGGCCUUUGCACUGUCUUGCGCCACAUAGAACAUGCUGCGGUAACCAUCCUUGAUCGAUGGAAGAUCGCAAUUCUUAACCAGGAGGGAAAGCAACUUCAACCACCAAAAUUUAUGAACAACUAUCUAGGGGUUGGUUGUGAUGCAAAGGUUGCUCUUGAAAUCCAUAAUCUAAGGGAGGAGAACCCGGACAAGUUCUAUAACCAGUUUAUGAAUAAAGUUCUUUACGCAAGAGAAGGUGCCAAGACUAUAAUGGACAGGACAUUUGAGGAUUUUCCUUGGCAAAUUAGAGUGGAGGUGGAUGGAGUUGAGAUAGAAGUCCCUGAGGAUGCAGAAGGUGUUCUUGUUGCUAAUAUCGGAAGCUAUAUGGGUGGUGUAGACUUGUGGCACAAUGAGGAUGAAACGUAUGAUAAUUUUGAUCCGCAAUCUAUGCAUGAUAAGAUACUAGAGGUUGUGAGCAUAUCAGGAACAUGGCAUCUCGGAAAGCUUCAGGUGGGGCUUUCUAGGGCUCGAAGACUUGCCCAAGGGCAGUUAAUUAAGAUUCAUCUUUACGCUGCAUUGCCUGUUCAAAUAGAUGGGGAGCCUUGGUUGCAGCAACCAUGUACAUUGGCCAUCUCUCACCAUGGCCAGGCCUUCAUGUUGAAGAGAGCAGCCGAGGAACCUCUCGGUCAUGCGGCAGCCAUUAUUACCGAUGUGCUAGAGAAUGCCGAAACAAAUCAUGUAAUCAACGCUUCACAGAAACGAGCUCUUCUUCAAGAAAUGGCUCUGAAGCUAUCCUAGAGUCGUUCCUGCCCACGCCAACACGAGAUAAAAUACAUAGUUAUGAGCUGCAGCCGGUUUUUGGAGUAUUGCUUCUUUUGUGUUUAUACAUCUCUAUCGGCUUGUCAUUGUCAUCUGUAUUGUAGUAUCUUUUGAAAUCACACUUAUGGCUGGUAGCUCAAGUUUCUUGUAAAUGAAGUUUAAUUAGUACCAAAUUAGAGAGAGACUUCCGGGGCAGGUUUGUUCAAGGCAGAGUAGGUGUGCCUUUUUUUUUUCCUGAGGAUUGGAGAGGGUUUUUUUUCUUCUUGUUUUUGGGCUAGGUUAUUUGUUGUUAAGAUGCACAGGAGACCGAUUUGAACUAUCACAGAUCAAAAGAAUAUAGAUGGCUUGUUGAA